GAGACUCCUGGGCUCGUGUUUCGUCGACAAACCAUCACCUCCCUUAUUCUUACAAAUGCUCACACCUUCUCUCUCCUCUCUCUCGCUCUACAAAUUCUUCGAUCACAGCAAGAAGGCCACUUCUUCGGCGUUGGCCGAUGACCAACUUUUCUCUUACAUAUUUCAAGGUUUUGGUUUGCUGAUGGUAUAUGCACGAGUUCUUGUCCUGUCUUAGCAACUAGAACAGUUUCAAUCUCAAAGUGAGGAGUUAUUAUGAACUGAAAGCUCAAUGCAAUAAAAAUAGAAUUUAAAUGGUUAUAGCUUUUAAAUCUUGAAUGGAAAACGGACAAAAUAUGAACACUUCUCAAACACAAGAUCAUUUUAGCAUGGAAUUAGUUAAUGAAAGAGAUGACUCCAAGAGUCAUAAUGACAUUGUGAUGCGUCGCAUGAAGAAUCGAGAACGUCAGCGCAGAUAUAGAGCCCGGAAACGUCUUGAAGAAGAUCUAAAGAAAUCUGGUAUGCCUAGCAUCAUUGAACAAGCAAGUACAUCACCAACUUCACCUAUAGUGGAACUGGAACCACAAUCUAAUGGCAUCCUUAGCAACUAUAGUGCUCGUGUGCAGUGUAGAAGGAACUGGAAAAAAGAUGCAAGGAGGGCUCACACAAGUAAGGAUUCAGAAGUUUAUCCUAACGAUAGUCUUAUCACUGUUCCUGUUUUUAGCAGCGACAGUCAGGUCUUGGAUGUCUCUGGGACUAAAGCAGAAUUUUCCCGUCCUGAUAUAGGCCUCGACGUUGUCAGUCAUGCAACGCCAACGCAGAGAACCAUCUCUGGUCGAAGAGACUGGAAAGCAGAAGCAAGAAGGAAGCGAAAUUGAAAUAGGAGGUGCCACAUAAUCCUGACUUUGCCGUUUUAAUGGCGUGGCAAGUAGAUUGGGUAUGGUUUUCAGGAAACAUUUCUUUGGAAUUUUUCUGAAGACUUUGAAUUUCUGCUGUUACAGAUGUAGAUGUAUUGAAGGAAUGAAUUCGUGCAGGAGAAAAAAAUGUCGAGAUAUACGACAUUUUUAGAUUAAAUUACUGUGAAAAAGCAGUGGCUUGAGUGAGUUUUAUUAAAAAUAGUCAGGUCAGCAUAGUCUUUUUAUUUUUUAUUUGUUUCAGAAGGUUUUGGCAACAUACAUGCUCUAACUUUAGGUGUUUUUAUUUAUUAUUUAUUAAAUAUUUUUUUUA